UUAAUAUUAUCUCAUGAAUAUUGAAUGAGAUUCCCAGAACGAGGCUUAGAUGGGUCAGUUGUAAACAUUACACUGAUUACUGAUAAGCAGAAUGGCAGCUUCAUAUAGUGAUCGUGAUACUAGUUUAAUUCCUGAUAUAACAUUUUCUUUUGUUGAAGAUUAUAUAAGAACCAACAAGUUUUCUUCAGGUCAGAAGUCAAUUAACAAAGGAUACAAAUAUUAUAGUGAAAGUUACAUACACUGUUUAAAAGUGGCACCAACACAGACUGGCUGCAAGAUUACAGGGAGAUGCCACAAAUCACAACGAAAGUCAGAGGAACCCUACAGAAUUCAAGUAGAGUUUUUGGUUGGGAGCUGUGGCCCUACAGUUCAUGGCGCUAAAUGUGACUGUGCAAUAGGUGUGAAUGCAUGCUGCGGGCAUAUCACAGGACUGCUGUACCAGAUUGCCAACAUAAAAAUGCUCGGCAUUAAAGCUUUACCAGAGGAUAUCGCAAAGACGUCUAUGCCACAAACAUUUCACAUUCCUCGAGGACAGAAAAUUGCAGGUAAAGCAGUGCAAGAUAUUGAAGUGAGAGGGUAUUCAAAGAUCAAAGAACCAGGUUCAAGCAACGAAGAGGUAAAAACUAUCAGGUCUACUCUGUAUAAUGCUAUUCGCGGGGAACCUACAAACUGGGCUGAGAAAAGUGCAACUCUAGCAGCAGCAGAUCCUCAUUUGCUGGUUUUACCUGCCCUCAACCAGGCACCCAAAACUGUCUUGUCAUCCAAAUUUGGACAAGUGCUUCAUGGGUCAGUGCUUAGCUACCAGCAAAAAUGCGAUAAUGACUUCAUUAUAAAUGUAGUAGAUGGUGUGUGUUUCCCUAAAUUUCCUGUUGGUAAUUUUAUGCAAAAUAAUGAUGUUGCCAAUCUAAGUCAAGAACAAGAUAUUAAAUUAAAAGGACUACAGUUGAGCUAUGGAGACAUAAAUAAAUUCGAGGAAAAGACACGGUUACAAAGCCAAAGUCCUCUUUGGUUUAGAAUUCGAGAACACCGAAUAACAGCUUCCAAUAUUGGUCGAGUAUAUAAGAGGCGAAAAGAUGAUGAAAAGCUAGCAAAGCAAUUAAAAUCAACAAGGCGAGUAGUAACAGCAGCAAUGAAACGUGGUAUAGCUUGUGAACCACAGGCAGCCAAAAGGUAUGCUGAAGUGUGUGAAAACCGUGUAAACCUUUACCCUUGCGGUGUUGUAGUGAGUUUUUGGGCACCCUGGUUAGCUGCAAGUCCAGACAGGAAGGUCUAUGACCCGACAAGAAAUCCACCAUUUGGGCUGUUGGAAAUCAAAUGCCCUCAAGUUACAAGUGUUUUAGAGGCCGCAUGUUUAAAAAAAGAUGUAACAGGACAAUUAGCUUUAAACAGAAAUCAUGAUUACUACUAUCAAGUGUUGGCACAGUUAGCUUGUACGGGUCUAGAAUGGUGUGACUUUUUUGUUUGGACAGAAAAUGAUCAUCAUAUGGAAGCAGUUUACUUUAACCAGGAUGUCUGGAAUACAGUGAAAAACAAAGUAGACAAAUUCUAUUUCAACCAUUUUAUUUGACAAGUCAGUUCGAUUUCCAGGCAUUAACAAUUGGGCCUUUAAAAUUAGAAAGGAGACAAGCUACAGUCCAAAGCUGGUUUGCCGAUCCCAGUAGUGACAAUGGAACAGGAACAUCAAACAGAUGAUACUCUUUAAUUCUCCUAUU